CGGCCCCUGCGCUUGUCGGCGGCGGCCGCGACCCUGCUCUGCCCAUGGGGCCUUCCACGUGCGCCCCUCGGCCCGGGGACUGACACCCCGCUCGCCCGCCGCCCGCCAGACACCCAGAAGGUACCCGGAGCGCGCCACCAGCCCCAGAAUCCCGCAGAGGCGACCGGAGAGCCGGAUAGAUCAUUCCCCACCCCAACUUUCCUGGACUUGGGGACGCUCUUGGAAAUAACUUUUAUUUUUCUCACUCUGGUGUACCCCGAUCGUGGCUGCCGCUGGUCCCCUUCUGAACGCUCGUUUUUUUUUUUUUAAACCUCCCAUCCGAUUCGGAGAGCGCCAGGAAAGGACGUUUCCCAGUCUCACCAACUCCCCCCCCCCCGUCCGCCUCCAUCCUCGGAAGUUUUUGAAUCGUGCCUUUUGGCCGCGGCUCUUGCCUUUAUUUAUUCUAUUUAUUUUAUUUAUUUGGAUCUCAAGACGCGAGGGGGAUGGUGGCGGAGCGUGCAUGCAAAGCAUCAGCCGCCGCCGGCACCCGGGGUCUCGGGGAUCCCAGCGCGCCCGGGACGGGGACCGGGCCCGGGGCCGGGACGGGGCCGGUGGCUCUGACGCCCGAGCGCUGCGCGCGGCUGCCGGGCCCCGGCUCGUGCGCGCUGCUGGCGCUGGCGCUGUGCUCGCUGGUCCUCAGCUGGCUCACCCACUGUCGCACCGCCGAGCUGCAGGCCCGGGUGCUGCGCCUGGAAGCCCAGCGCGGGGAGCAGCAGAUGGAGACGGCUAUUUUGGGACGAGUCAACCAACUGCUGGACCAGAAAUGGAAACUCCACUCGCGCAGGCGCCGGGAGGCCCUGAAGAUGUCUCCAGGAUGUAACUGCCCGCCAGGACCUCCUGGGCCCACUGGAAGACCUGGACUUCCAGGGGACAAGGGCGCCAUUGGGAUGCCUGGACGUGUGGGCACCAAAGGUCAACCAGGAGAGAAGGGCGCCCCUGGAGAUGCCGGGAUGUCCAUCAUAGGUCCUCGAGGGCCCCCUGGUCAGCCGGGCACUCGAGGCUUCCCUGGAUUUCCGGGUCCCAUUGGCCUGGACGGCAAGCCGGGCCACCCUGGACCAAAAGGGGACAUGGGUCUGGCGGGUCCCCGGGGACAGCCGGGGCCUCAAGGACAAAAAGGAGAAAAGGGUCAGUGUGGCGAGUACCCGCAUCGGGAGCACCGGAGUGGCACACUAGCAGCUCUGCGCUCCAACCCUCUAGCUCCCCUGAAGCUGCUGCCUCUCCUCAAUUCAGUGCGGCUGGCUCCACCCCCAGUCAUUAAAAGGCGGACCUUCCAGGGGGAGCAGGACCAGGCCGGCAUCCAAGGGCCUCCAGGACCACCGGGCCCUCCAGGACCAAGUGGACCUCUGGGGCACCCAGGACUGCCAGGGCCCAUGGGGCCACCUGGCUUACCGGGGCCUCCUGGACCUAAGGGAGACCCAGGGAUCCAGGGUUACCAUGGCCGCAAGGGAGAGCGGGGGAUGCCAGGGAUGCCGGGGAAGCAUGGAGCCAAGGGGACUCCUGGGAUCGUUGUGGCUGGCAUGAAGGGUGAGCCCGGGAGCCCAGGAGCCAAGGGCGAGAAGGGAGCUGUGGGCGCCCCUGGGCUCUCCGGCCUCCUGGGACAGAAGGGAGAAAAAGGCGAUGCUGGGAACUCCAUCGGAGGAGGCAGGGGGGAGCCCGGCCCCCCAGGGCUCCCUGGACCCCCGGGGCCCAAGGGAGAAGCUGGUGGCAGUGGCCAGGCCGGGCCCCCAGGACAGCCAGGAGAAAAGGGGCAGCCCGGAGCAGCUGGAGAGCAGGGACCGGCCGGUCCCAAGGGCUCCAAAGGUGAACCGGGCAAGGGCGAGAUGGUGGAUUACAAUGGAAACAUCAACGACGCGCUCCAGGAGAUCCGAACUCUGGCCUUGAUGGGACCUCCUGGACUUCCUGGGCAAGUUGGCCCACCCGGAGCUCCAGGCGCUCCAGGCCAGAAGGGGGAGAUUGGACUGCCCGGCCCUCCGGGACAUGAUGGGGACAAGGGGCCUAGAGGAAGACCAGGAGACACGGGCCCCGCUGGCCCUCAAGGACUCCCAGGAAAAGAUGGGCCUCCAGGAAUGAAAGGAGAGACGGGGCCCCCAGGGAGCCCAGGGGACAAAGGGGAGACAGGACAAGCAGGUCCCCCGGGUCUAGACGGCCCAACUGGGGAGAAAGGAGAACCAGGUGACCAAGGGAGGCCCGGAGCAGCAGGAUUACCUGGCCCCAUCGGGCUCCCGGGAUUUACAGGAGAGAAAGGAGAAGCCGGGGAGAAGGGCGAACCAGGAGCAGAGAUUCCUGGGCCACCUGGGCCAGAGGGGCCUCCUGGACCUCAGGGCCUCCAAGGUGUUCCUGGACCAAAGGGAGAAGCAGGCCUAGACGGAGCCAAAGGAGAGAAGGGCGCCCACGGAGAGAAAGGGGACCGGGGGCCUCUGGGAUUACCCGGUACUCCAGGACCAAUCGGAGUUCCAGGCCCAGCGGGACCAAAGGGAGAGCGGGGCAGCAAAGGAGACCCAGGGAUGACAGGACCAAUGGGAGCAGCUGGGCUUCCUGGUUUGCACGGACCACCCGGGGACAAAGGGAACCGGGGGGAGAGGGGGAAGAAAGGCUCUAGAGGGCCUAAAGGGAAUAAGGGGGACCAAGGAGCGCCUGGACUAGAUGCCCCCUGUCCGUUGGGUGAAGAUGGCUUACCGGUCCAGGGCUGCUGGAACAAGUGAUGCCUCUAACCUUGGAUUGGCCUGUGUGUGUGUUUGUACAUAGAAUAUUUAUUUUUAUACAGUUUUCACUUUUUGAAAAUGCCAGAAGUAUGAUGCAUCUUACAGAUUAUUAAAGAGAGAGAAAAAACCCUGCAUAUUUUGUACAAAAAGAUAACAACCUGUUCCCUUUUGUUUACAAGAUGUUUUGCAUAAUUCUGUUUCUAAUACACUUUCUGUCUGUGAGGA